GUUAUUCACGAAAGCCACUUGUCGCGGACCUGACUGUUCAACAUGUUUAACGUGUGUCUCGAUGAUCGAGUUCGAGUCGAGCGUUAAAUUUGUGUAGUUUUAAAAUCAAGUAAAGCAUCCGAAAUCCGAAAUUUUCAAAUUGUGAUUUUAUUCAGUCGAUAGCAGAUCAUGUGGAACAUUUUGCGUCAGUGUCAGCGACAUCUCACCACAGCUGUCAAUCAGACAGGUUGUGUUAAUACCAACAUGAGUCUUCUGCAGAGACUAUGGCCUCUAGGUUCAGUCAUCACACCUUUCCGGGGCAUUUCAGUGGACCAGCUCCACAGGCGAGGCCCCUACCGCAAGAAACCCAACCCCAAAAAGACCCACCCGACAGACCACCGGCCUCAGCUGAAAGGCGUGGUCCUCAAGACACUGAUCAGGAAACCCAAGAAACCUAACUCAGCGAACAGGAAAUGUGCCAAGGUCCGACUGAGUAACGGCAGAGAGGUUGUUGCUUUUAUCCCAGGGGAGGGACACAAUCUCCAGGAGCACAACAUUGUCUUGGUGGAAGGGGGGAGGACUCAGGAUCUGCCUGGGGUCAAGCACACUGUCAUCAGGGGCAAAUUUGACUGUGGACAUGUCGUCAAGAAAAAGAAAUGAUUUCUGUCCUUACAUCUUCUGGUGCUAGUAGUGAAACGAUAUUGAAUCAUUGUUGGAUUCUUUGUGAUGGGUUGGAAGUUGGAACAGCUGAAACCCCAUUGCUUUUUGAACACAGAGACAAAUAAAUGAUGGAGGAGAGUUAUGUUGGGUUUGUGAACUUUCUGUCAACCUUCAAGUGUGGAUUAUGAUAAAGAUAAAGAAUUCACAGGCAGCAUCCAGUUUUUGAACCCAGCAUUUGACAUUUCAGUUUGAUCAGCCUAGUAGCAUAAAUAAGUGUCACAUACAAAGUUGACCAAAGAAACAUUUGAAACGCCUCUCAGAUAUGACUAUACUGACAUUUCAAUUUCAAAACAAUUCUUUGUAUUGAGACAGAAUUUUGUCAACUUGAUUGAAGUGAUAUGGGUGAAAUGGUCUUUUUGGGGACCUGAUGAUAUUUCAGGAAGAUUCUUCACCAAAUUCAAAUUGAAGCAUUGAAUAUCAAGAUUUGUCUGUUGUUUUCCCAUAAACUAUUUGCUGCAUUUCUUCAUUUAUUAUGACUUGUUUUUACUACUGACAAGAAUAAAGGGAUUGAAAGAGAUUGGGCCAUGCCAAAAA